UUGGCUGCCCGGGUUUUAGCGGCUCUGGGUGUGCGCGGCUGCGCGCGUGGAGACCGGCUUUGAAAUGCAGCGGGAUUUAGGGAGUUUCCCUCUGUCCCCAGGGGUGCGGGUGAAGCUGGUGUCUGCAGGUUUCCAGACUGCUGAGGAACUCCUAGAGGUGAAACCCUCCGAGCUCAGCAAAGAAGUUGGGAUAUCUAAAGAGGAAGCCUUAGAAACUCUGCAAAUUGUAAGAAGAGAAUGUCUCACAAAUAAACCAAGAUGUGUUGGUACAGCUGAGUCAGGCAAGAAGUGCACAGCACUGGAACUGCUUGAGCAGGAGCAUACCCAGAACUUCAUAAUUACCUUCUGUUCAGCACUAGAUAAUAUUCUUGGGGGCGGAGUACCCUUGACCAAAACAACAGAAAUUUGUGGUGCACCAGGUGUUGGAAAAACACAAUUAUGUAUGCAGUUGGCAGUAGAUGUGCAGAUACCAGAAUGUUUUGGAGGAGUGGAAGGUGAAGCAGUAUUUAUUGAUACAGAAGGAAGUUUUAUGGUUGAUAGAGUGGUAGACAUUGCUAAUGCCUGCAUUCAGCACCUUCAGCUUAUAGCAGGAACACAUUUGGGAGAGGAGUACUCAAAAGCUUUGGAGGAUUUCACUCUUGAAAAUAUUCUUUCCCAUAUUUAUUAUUUUCGUUGUCGUGACUACACAGAGCUACUGGCACAAGUUUAUCUCCUUCCAGACUUCCUUUCAGAACACUCAAAGGUUCGAUUAGUGAUAGUGGAUGGUAUUGCUUUUCCUUUUCGUCAUGACCUAGAUGACCUAUCCCUUCGUACUCGAUUGUUAAAUGGCCUAGCCCAGCAAAUGAUCAGCCUUGCAAAUAAUCACAGAUUAGCUGUAAUUUUAACCAAUCAGAUGACAACAAAGAUUGAUAGAAAUCAGGCCUUGCUAGUUCCUGCAUUGGGGGAAAGCUGGGGACAUGCUGCUACAAUACGGCUUAUUUUUCAUUGGGACCAAAAGCAAAGGUUGGCAACAUUGUACAAAUCACCAAGCCAGAAGGAAUCUGCAGUACUGUUUCAAAUCACACCUCAAGGAUUUAGAGAUGCUGUUGUUGCUACUUCAUGUUCAUUGCAAACAGAAGGUUCAUUGAAUUACCGGAAACGGUCACGAGAAUCAGAGGAAGAACAGGAAUCCAAAGACUAGUCUCAAAGUAUACAAAUGUAUUGAUGCUGUGAGAUAAAUGUAUACAAGUAGUAGACUUAUUAAAAUAUAAAUACACACUA